UCGCGUAAUAGUGCUGGCUGCCGUCUAAAAAAGAGUAAACGCAAUGUUAAGUUGUUCCAAAGAUCUCUUGAGAGGAGGCCCCUUCUCACACAAGUCAUAGCCACAGGAGCAAUUUGCGGAGCAGGAGAUACUUGCUGCCAACUUGCAUUAGAACGGAGAACUUGGGAGACGUACGAUACUCCGGCAUUAAAUAGGUGGUUCAAAGUACUGGAAAAAGUGAACGGCAAUCCCAAGCUUGAUCCACUCAAGCGCAUGUUACUAGACCAGUUCGCAUUUGCCCCAUUCUUUAAUGGUGUGAUUUUAUUCAAUCUGCGAUUACUGGAAGGUUUGGGAAUUGAGAAAUCGUGGAACAAAAUGAAGGAAGAUUGGUGGACUAUCUACUCGAACAGUUUGAAGGUUUGGCCGGCGGUUCAACUCGCAAAUUUCUACCUAGUUCCGUUGAAUAUGCGUGUUAUUGUCGUUCAACUAGUGGCACUUUUCUGGAACACCUAUCUCUCAUACAAGACACAAAAAAUUAUCGAGCCGGACGAGCAACCCUCAAUGUAA